CGAGACGAAAGCAAAAAGAGAGAUGCGUUGAUUAAGCCAUCUACUAGUUGGUGCAUUCCAUCUCCGUGUGUAGGUAUGCCGGGUGGAACGGACUACAAUGAGUUUGGGGGGAGUCUUCCCGCCAUAGCCUCCUUAAAUGCCUCAUACUCUCAGGCGUCUCUGUCGCUGCCCUCGCCGUACUUCCUGCCCAGUCCACCCGAGAAGAGGAAGGCCAUCUCGGACGUACGCAGGACUUUCUGCCUGUUUGUCACCUUUGACCUCCUCUUCAUCUCCCUCCUAUGGAUCAUUGAACUCAAUAUCAAUAAGAGUAUCUGGCAGAGUUUAGAGAAUGAAGUGAUCCAGUACAACUUCAAAACGUCAUUUUUUGACAUCUUCCUCCUAGCUUUAUUUAGGUUCCUGUGUUUGCAGAUCGGUUAUGCUGCAGCACGUCUAAGGCAUUGGUGGGUUAUCGCGAUCACCACUUUAGUGACCAGUGCCUUCCUCAUUGCUAAAGUCAUAAUUUCAGAGUUGUUUAAUAAGAAUGCCUUUGGCUAUGUCCUGCCUAUUACCUCGUUUGUGGUGGCAUGGCUGGAAACCUGGUUCCUGGACUUCAAAGUGCUUACUCAGGAGGCUGAAGAUGAGCGGAUGUAUCUUGCGGCAGUGAACGCAGCAUGUGAGCGUGCUCCUAUGAUCUACCCCAGAGCCGUUUCUGACGGCCAGUUCUACUCCCCUCCCGAAUCUCUCGCAGGUUCAGAUGAGGAACCAGAUGAAGAGGGGAUGGGAAGGAAAGCAGUAACAGCACAGGAGAAGGAGUAUGUGAGACAGGGUCGGGAGGCCAUGGCGGUAGUGGAACAGAUACUUGCUCAAGAGGAGAACUGGAAGUUUGAGAAGAACAAUGAUAUUGGGGAUUCUGUGUACACUCUGGAGAUCCCGUUCCAUGGGAAGACCUUCAUCCUAAAGGCGUUCAUGCAGUGUCCAGCUGAGCUGGUGUAUCAGGAAGUCAUUCUGCAGCCAGAGAAGAUGGUGCAAUGGAACAGAACUGUAUCUGUGUGUCAGAUUUUACAGAGAGUAGAUGAUAACACACUUGUGUCAUAUGAUGUGUCUGCUGGUGCUGCAGGAGGUGUUGUGUCAGCCAGGGACUUUGUGAACGUCCGUCGGGUAGAGAGGAAGCGAGACUGCUACAUCUCCGCUGGCAUGGCCACAAACCAUGACUCCAAACCUCCCCACAGUCGCUACGUCAGAGGAGAGAAUGGUCCAGGUGGAUUUAUUGUUCUGAAGUCCAACAGUAAUCCUUCUGUGUGUACCUUUAUCUGGGUCCUUAACACAGACCUCAAGGGUCGUCUUCCUCGUUACCUCAUCCACCAGUCCUUGGCUGCCACCAUGUUUGAGUUUAUGACACACCUUCGGCAGCGUAUAGCAGAGCUACGUGCCUCCUUCCGGUAAACUUCUCCCAGGCUGCCUUUGUCUGUCCGGUCAUUUUCACCUCCUAAUAGCCACACUGCGGAAAGUUACCGGAAAAUUUCCCUCCGGACGGUUUUGCCCUUUGGUUGGCGAUGGCGGGAAGUUGGGGGAAGGUACCGCGCUCUCACGGUUAGCAUUAGCGGCUACGAGGAGGCAAAAGGCAUAUUUUUCGGCACGAAUCAAAACGACUGCUCGGGAGGACGCGGGGUUUCGACUCUUUGUGUUACUUAGAUAGAAGAGAACAAGACGAAGAUUCGUUUUUUCACUAACACUGACCUGUUUAGAGUUAAACAAGAGAUGGAGCCCGCGCCGGACAAUGGGAUUUAGAUGCGUUUCAGCUCAAAACAACAUUCUGAGUGAGUGAACCAUGUCUGACAUAUUCACCACCUCGUUGGAAGCUGCUUACGUGGUUUCUCUCUCUUACUAUUUCUCUGGACCGUCGGUCUGU